AUGAGAAGAUCUACCUCUUAUCACGGCGCUGCAUCACACAGGAGACCCUACCCCUGCGUGAUAGCAGAUCGAUUCCCCGGGAAAUGCAAGAGGAGUUUCAACAACAUUGAAAAGCUCAACUCCAUGAGUAAGGAGGCGUUGGAUCGCGAGAAGGAGUACCAUAAGGCGAUAUGUCCCAAAGAGCCUUCCGAGAAAAACAAAGCCCUCAGGGAGAGGGCUUACGUCAUUGACGAAGCUCGAUAUGAGCUUUGUAAGAAGCUUGGGUGGAAGCAGACUGCUGCUUCACAUGAGCUCAAUCGCGAAACAGGCGGCAAGGAAUGCGUGUCUCAGCGGAGCUGGAGACAGAUCCGUGACACUAUCUUCCCAGCCGACACCGUAACGGUGGACGAGUCUCACGAGCUCGUUGCAAGAGUCGAGAACGAGCCGAGAAACGAAAUGUUCUUGACUCAGUUUCGAGGCAGAGACUCACUUGUCCCAACACAGAUAGAGAUCAGCACGAUCUCUCAGCCACCCCCAACGGUUGAUAACACGUCUCACCUAUCCACGGUCCUGUCUGAGGUGACUGCUCCUCUCACAGGUCCAACGACGAUUGCUUUCUCUGAUCCUGGACCGGAUGGGAAAGACGACAUGGUCGGGCUUUUUCCAUUACCCCCACUCCCUAAUCUCCAAGAAUAUGAGUCUGCAAACUCCUUGACUGGUACGGGAAAAUGGGAUACUAGCUACUUGGAUCCGGAACUGGAACUUGAAAUGGACUUUGACCAAUGGUUAAAUUCAGAAUGA